CAAAAUCGGUUUCGAAACAAAAUAGAGAGCUCGGAAUUGAGAUAUUUCAGUUCUCAAACAACAAAAAUGUGUAUUUUACCGUGUUGACUUAAUUGUACUGUGAUAAGAGCAAUAAAUUUGUACAUUAAGAUUCGUCGUUCAAUACUCUAAGUAAUUUCAUCAGUGGUGUACUCCACGCGGACGUCAAUUACAUCAUCGUUUACCAGUCCCUUAACGAAGGAAAGCAUGGGGAAUACGAUAACGAUGGCCACUGUCUCGGCUGCAGACGUCAUUGUCCAAAAUCGUGAUCAUGAAUUACCAAAGACAAAAUAUAUGCACGCUUCUUUUCAAGGAGAGCCUCCAGCCGAAUGUCCUAUGCAUAAGUCUAAAGCUCAACCAGUAACUGGAAAAUCUGCCAGCGAAUGUCCAAUAAAUAAGUCAGACGAGAGUGACAUUAAUCCACUCAAUAUGAUGCCUCCUGCGAAUCAGCUGCCAGCGCCUGAUCAACCUUUCCCGUUGCCUACGGAUAGGCAAGUAUCGACAAUUCCCAAAGCUACGGGUGAAGGAGAAUUUUGGGUAUAUCCUUCUCAGCAAAUGUUCUGGAAUGCCAUGUUAAGGAAAGGAUGGCGCUGGAAAAGUGAUGAUAUAGCACCUAAAGAUAUGGAUGAUAUUAUCAAGAUUCACAAUGCUAAUAACGAGCAGGCAUGGCAAGAAGUACUGAAGUGGGAAGCACUUCAUGCACGUGAAUGUUGUACUCCAAAAUUAAAAAGCUUUGGUGGAAAAGCUACGCAAUAUUCUCCUCGUGCUCGCAUCCGUUACUGGAUGGGGUAUGAAUUACCUUUCGAUCGUCAUGACUGGAUCAUAGACAGAUGUGGGAAGGAUGUUAGAUACGUUAUUGAUUAUUAUGACGGUGGUACAGUAGACAAAAAGUAUACAUUUGCGCUUUUGGAUGUGCGGCCAGCGAUGGACUCUUGGGAGAAUAUUUGGGAUCGCAUGAAAGUUACUUGGUGGAGAUGGAGAUAUAGCAAUGCGUCCAAUGAGCAAUCGGAAGCUGCAAUGCAUUAAAUCUUAAAACUGCUGGUUGGUUUAUACGAAGUGGAGUGUUUUAUUUAUAUUCUUGCAAAUCCAUGUUCAGAUGGGUCAUCUUGAAAUUGGUAAUAAAAUACUCCCUAGGUCUAUAUGUUUGAAACGUACAUUACUUUCGCCCAUCACAGCUCAUUGUAAGUAAAAUUAUAGGCAUAAAUAGUCGACUGGUUAAACAAAGGAAUAAAUACAAUGACAGGUACUAAUAAUGGUAUUAUGUAGUAGUCAUUACACUACAACUUUUAAUUUUUAAGUAGCAGAUGUUAAAAUGUAAAGUAACAUUAUUUAUUUAUUAUCAUAUAUCGCAAUUCCUAUAUGUCAACCAUUUAAAUCAAAUAUCAUAUUUGAGGUUCAAGUAAUCCAGAUUUUACAUCUUAUUGUUAGACUAAAAAUAUAGUUUGAUUAGGUAACACCCAAAGCUGUAACAUAAGAAAAUUGUAAAAAAAAUAAAAAAUUAUUUAUAGAA